CUGCAAGGGCCUCUCAUCAGAAAGAAAUUGGUUUGGAUGGUUGGUUAUUGUCAUAUGAAAAGUGUGGACCCCAGUGACCAGUAAUCACGGAAAAACUCUCAGCCGCUGCACCCAAAACACAAACAGAGGCAGGCAUUGCAAAUUUGCAACAACAAUUCCUAACUCAAAAGCUGUAAAUGCAGACAAACUGCCAAAUGUUUCAUCACAAUUAGCCCCCGAAUUCACUCGCAUUCAUCAGAGAACCCUAGCUUUGCUUCAAUCAGAUCACCUCGAAACUCUCCAGUCUCAUUCUCUCUCUCGAACGCUUCUCAAUCUCGAUUUCUUUGAUCCAGGACGAGCUAAACGGAGGUUUUCUUCAAUCCUCACCACAUAUGUUUUGUUAGAAGAAUGAAUUCAGAAAUUGCUGAUUCAUCAUCUCUGCAUCCUGGUAAAGCCUCUGGUGAUAAAGCUUCUGCUCCAGCCGUCUCUGGGAAAGAUAGUUCUGCAGAUGGCUCAUCUUCUAGGCUAUCUACUUCUGGCAUUUCAUCUUGGGCCAAAAAUAUUAAACUUCCACAGCCAGGGCAAGGGGAUUCACAGACUGGAAAUGCUGCGAAGUCUACCUUUGCUCGUCUCGCCGGUAGCAUGGGAUUGCAUUUGCCUGCAAAAGCUUCUGGGAAAAGUGAGGGAGCUGAAGGCACCUCAACAACUGCACAAUCAAGUGUUCUAGAAUCAUUGACGAAAGGUUUUGUUGACUCCUCUCUUAGUGCAGUGAAAGCGGUCCAAGUUAAGGCACGCCAUAUUGUCUCUCAAAACAAAAGGAGAUAUCAGGAAGGAGGAUUUGAUCUAGAUAUGACUUAUAUAACUGAGAAUAUAAUUGCUAUGGGAUUUCCUGCUGGUGAUAUGAGCUCUGGAUUUUUUGGAUUUGUUGAGGGUUUCUAUCGCAAUCACAUGGAAGAAGUGAUCAAGUUUUUUGAAACUCAUCAUAAGGGAAAAUACAAAGUAUACAAUCUUUGUUCGGAGAGAUUGUACGAUGCUUCAUUAUUUGAAGGGAAGGUUGCAUCUUUCCCAUUUGAUGACCAUAAUUGCCCCCCGAUUGAACUCAUAACUCUGUUUUGUCAAAGUGCUUACACAUGGCUAAAGGAGGACAUUCUGAAUGUUGUAGUUGUUCAUUGUAAAGCCGGUAUGGCAAGGACAGGAUUAAUGAUCUCUAGCCUCCUCCUCUUUCUUAAGUUCUUCCCAACAGCUGAGGAGUGCAUUGAGUACUAUAACCAGAAACGAUGCCUAGAUGGAAAGGGUCUAAUUCUUCCAAGCCAAAUUAGAUAUGUAAAGUACUUUGAGCGCCUUUUAACAUACUUCAAUGGUGUAAAUCAACCUGGACGUAGGUGCAUGCUUAGGGGAUUUCGGCUCGUCAACUGCCCAUACUGGAUUAGGCCUUCCAUCACUAUAACUGAUCAUAACAGAAUUCUAUUCUCAACGAAAAAACAUCCAAAAACGAAGGAUCUAAUGCCGGAAGAUUUUUGGAUCCGUGCACCAAAAAAAGGGAUUGUGGUCUUUGCUCUACCGGGGGAACCUGGUCUGACAGAGUUGAGUGGGGAUUUCAAGCUCCAUUUUCAUGACCGCCAAGGAGAUUUCUACUGUUGGUUGAAUACAACAAUGAUGGAAAACAGAAUUGUGAUAUACGAUUUGGAUCUUGAUGGGUUUGACAAGAGGAAAAUUCCUUCCCCGGGAUUCCAGCUUGAAAUCGUGAUGAUAGACUACGACGGUUCUAUUCCAAUAAAGAAAAAAGCUGAACAGCCGAGCAAGGGAUCUGACAGAAGAGUGGGAAAUUCUCCUUUGUCAAGUGACAAAGUGGCCACUACUUCCGAUCAAAGUAAUGUUUCUGAAAACCAAGACAAUGAUGAUGAUGUAUUCUCUGACAGUGAUGGAGAGGAAACCGUGUCUUCAAAAAGUAGUCAAGCUCGAGCAGAAUCUGGAGCUGGACCUCCUGCACAUCUUGAAUCUGGCCCAAGAGUGGAUCAUCAAAUGAUGGCUCUGUCACUCAGCAAGGAGUCCAGGCAGAGUAAUGCGUCCAAUGAAGCGAAAAUUGAUGGGGCUGGGAGAUUGGAGUCAGGAAGGAUGAGUGACGACAUCAAGGCAAUUGCAGCUGAUGCUUCUGUUUUUACUUUUGGAGAUGAUGAAGAUUUUGAAAGCGAGUGAAGUACCAUUGAGAUUCAUCUAGUGAGUACAUUUGUGUUCCAAACUCUUGUAGUUGAACCAUCUGGAAACAAUUUUUCACUUUUGUUUCUUUAUUCUUUCUGCUUUAGGUGGGACAGUAUUUUCAUUGAAUCUAUUGAAUUCGUUUAUAUUUUUUGGUCA